AGAAGAUUUUGCACACCUACAUUGCCUUACCGCUCUCGUCGUCGGUUCAUAAUGCAGCGUCCUCAGUACGAAACCCAGGGCCCGACCCAGCAGUACAACCGUCCAGCGUACAACAACGGCGGGUACAACAUGAACCGACUCGUAGAUGACGCGCAGCAGCAGGGCUACAACCAGCCGCCGGCCAACUACUACCAGCAGCCGCAGGGGUACCCGAUGGGCAAUCCCAUGUACAACGCUCCCCAGGGGUACCCGCCCAUGAUGCCCGGCUACCGCGGUGGUCGAGGUCGCGGGUGGUACUACCCGAAUGGCGGUCGCGGCGGCUUCAGCAACAUGCGGGGCGGCUUCCGCGGCGGCCGUGGCGGCUACCCCAUCCGCCGCAAGAAGCCCUUUGUCGGCGGCACGCUGGAGACACAGCGCGAGUGGGAGCAGCAGACCGCCUGCUGCUUCUACCUCCAGGGCAACUGCAAGUUCGGUGAUGCGUGCCGCUUUCUGCACGAGGACGGCGAGGGCCACCCGUGCCAGUUCGGAGAUAAAUGCCGCGUUCACGGCACCGCGAAGGCUGCGGAAGGCGAGCAGCCGGCUGCUGACUCUGAGGCGAAGAAGGACGCAAAGGUGGUGGCCGAGAAGGCGGAGAAAACGGAGAAGGAGGCGGCGCCGGCCAAGGAGGAGGAGAAGAAGGAGUAA